AUGGCGGUCCCCUACCGCAUGAAAAAGGCUUUCCUCAACUUGCUGCUCACUAUAUCCGCUUGCUACUUUUACACCGUUCGAUUCGUAUUCUGGUUCGUGAACUACUUCUUCCGUGAACGUGUCUAUGUGACUCCUCCCACCGAUCGUCUCCUCUUGAUCUCAGCCACACAGGCGGUUCGAAUGAUCUCAAAGAAAGAAAUCUCAUCCACGGCUCUUGUCGAAAGUUAUAUUCACAGAAUUGAACAGGUCAACAACACUAUCAAUGCAGUCGUCGUCAAACUUUUCGAUAGAGCUCGUCAACAAGCCACUGAAGUUGACACGUUUAUGGCUCUAGCCGACGAGGAGGAUAUUCAGAAAAAGAUUGAGGAAAAACCCCUCUAUGGAGUUCCAUUCACCAUGAAAGAUGCCUUAGAAGUAGAGAAUGAGAUUGUCACUUGCGGAGUUUUCAACAGAAAAUCCACAAAAUGCGAACGCACAGCAGAAGCCAUCAAACGCCUGCAGGCAGCUGGAGGAAUCCUUCUCGCCAUUACCAACGUCCCAGAAGUUUGUAUGUGGGUUGAAUCAGUGAAUACCAUCUACGGAAGAUCCAAGAAUCCCUAUGACGCUCGUCGGAUGACAGGAGGAUCCAGCGGUGGAGAAGGAGCUCUUCUUGGAGCAGCUGGAAGUGUUGUUGGCGUCGGAAGUGAUAUUGGAGGAAGUAUUCGGAUGCCAUCAUUCUUCAAUGGAGUGUUUGGAUUGAAGCCAACACCAGGAGUCAUCCCUCUUAUUGGACACGUUCCAGAGCCAACUGGAUAUAAGACCCAUAUGCUGAGAAUCGGACCAAUGUGUCGGUUCGCCGAGGAUUUGCCAUUGAUGUUGAGAAUCAUGGCUGGAGAAAAUGCCAAAAGCUUGAACCUUCACGAGCCGGUUAAUGGAAAGAAACUUCGCAUUUUCUACAUGGAAGGAAUCACUGGAAGCCCAAUUAUUCAACCGCUAGAGGAAGACAUGAGAUACGCAUUGAAGAAGGCCGUAAACUUCUUGGAGCGAAAAUAUGAUGUCGUCGCUCAACAAAUCGAACUACCAUCUGCCAGACACGUCAUGGAGUACUUCACACUUUCGAUGCACGAAGAUACCACUGAUCCAGCAUUCAACAAACUGAUGCUCUGCACAAAUGGAACAAAAGGAGAGGUCAAUUGUUACACUGAGCUAUUCAAGUACUUCACCGGAAACUCCAACCAUACCCUCUCUGGAAUUAUCGCGGGAAUCAUCGACUCUCGUGAUCCACCAUUCUCCGAAUCCCAUACAAAAGAUCUGCUCUACAAGAGAGAUCGUCUGAAGCGUCAAGUGAAAGAGCUCCUCGGAAACGACGGAAUCCUCCUUUUCCCUAGUUGGCCAUGCACAGCAAUGUUCCACAAUGAGCCCAUCCUUGCUCCAUUUAACUUUUGCUACACGGCUCUCUGGAAUGUUCUAUCUGUCCCAGUUGUCCAAUGUCCUCUUGGUCUCGACUCGCACGGUCUUCCUCUCGGCGUUCAAGUCAUCGGAAACCAGUAUACCGAUCGGAAUCUGAUUGCCAUCGCACAGGUGCUCGAGGAAGGAUUCAAUGGAUGGACGCCAGCUGGUCCAUUGUAA